AGGGCAUUGUAAGCUGGGCUUAUUAUUACAAAGAAAAUCUGUUUAGAAAAAGUUGACGGAGAAGGAAGCAUACAUAAAAAAAGUUUGGUCUGAGUGUGGUGGUUUACAUUUGCAGCUGAAGGUGCAAGAUCUAAACAUUUUAUCAUGGCUCCAAAAGCGAUCGCGAGUCCUAUUCCUGAUUCGUUAUACCCGACACUCUCCGUCUUCACACUCGCAAUCGGCCUCAUUUUAACUGCUUCUUUCUUCAUUUAUGAAGCAACCUCUUCUAGGAAAACCCGUAACCUUGCUCAGGAGCUGACAACGGGAGCAAUUGCAUCAGUUUUCUUGGGUUUUGGGUCGUUGUUCCUCCUACUUGCCUGCGGUGUGUAUGUCUAAUUAUUGAACAUCAAACUGUAUGAAAUUUUUGCUAAGCAGAUAGCUUUAAAUGAAAAUUUACUUGAGACAUUGUAGUUUUCAUCUUACUAAAAAGUUAUGUGUUUAAACUGUCAGUGACAUUGCUGGUUAUGUUUAAUGCUUGAGAAGAUUAUGAAUUGCUUGAUUUUUAUGGUUGAUUCUCUAUUGGGAAAA